AUGGCGGAGCGCGGAUACAGCUUUUCGUUUACUACUUUCAGUCCAUCCGGUAAACUUGUUCAGAUUGAAUAUGCUUUGGCUGCUGUAGCUGGAGGAGCCCCUUCAGUGGGAAUUAAAGCUUCAAAUGGUGUGGUAUUAGCAACAGAGAAGAAACAGAAAUCCAUUCUGUAUGAUGAGCGAAAUGUACACAAAGUGGAGCCAAUUACCAAAUACAUAGGCUUGGUAUAUAGUGGCAUGGGCCCAGACUACAGAGUGCUUGUGCACAGAGCUCGAAAACUAGCUCAGCAAUAUUAUCUUGUUUACCAAGAACCCAUUCCCACAGCUCAGCUGGUACAGAGAGUAGCUUCUGAGAUGCAAGAAUAUACCCAAUCAGGUGGUGUUCGUCCAUUUGGAGUUUCUUUACUAAUUUGUGGUUGGAAUGAGGGGAGACUAUAUUUAUUUCAGUCAGAUCCAUCAGGAGCUUACUUUGCCUGGAAAGCCACAGCGAUGGGAAAGAACUAUGUGAAUGGAAAAACUUUUCUUGAGAAAAGAUAUAAUGAAGAUCUAGAACUUGAAGAUGCCAUUCAUACAGCCAUAUUAACACUUAAGGAAAGCUUUGAAGGACAGAUGACAGAAGAUAACAUAGAAGUUGGAAUCUGCAAUGAAGCUGGAUUUAGGAGGCUCACUCCAACUGAAGUUAAGGAUUACUUGGCUGCCAUAGCAUAA